AGUUUGAAAGUUAGUGGAACUCGACAGAUCGUGUAAAGUUUAUAAACCCACUGUAAGAAGUAUAAAUCUCACAAUAAAAAUGGAGAAAUCAGAGUUUGAUGAAUUGCUGGUAAAACUUUCUACUGCAAUCAGCGAAUAUGAUAAAAAGCAUAUAGACAUGUUAAGGGUACUGUACACAGAUCUGGUGUUAGCUAAAACAGACUUGGAGGAAGCUAAAUCUGCAUAUAACUUAUUUAAAUUACUAAUAGGACCAGGUAUUCUGAAGCCAGCAGACAUUUCAGUUUUGUUUGAAACAAUUGAAAUAACCGGAUUUCGAUAUUUAGAAGAGAUAAUCGAGAAGUAUGAGACAUAUCCAAAAGAGGUGAAGAUCACACGAUUUUCAGCACAUCGUCAACAUGUUGUUGCACUUGGAAGACGCUUUUCAGUUAAAGACAUCAAAAGACUUAGUCAAAUGUACAGAGGUGACAUGCCUUUUGCUAAUCAAUGGAAGUUGAUAGAAGAUCUUGAAACAGAUGUUUUAACUGAAGAUACAAUGUCAACAUUUCUUCAGUGUUUGAAGGGGACUGGAGGAAACAUAGAGUUGCAGGGAAUGCUGGUAAAACUUUCCUCUGCAAUCACUAAGACAGAUGAAAAGCAUAUAGACAUGUUGAGAGUUCUGUACACAGAUCUGGUGAUUGCUAAAACAGAUUUGGAGAAAGCUGAAUCUGCAUAUGAUUUAUUUAAGUUACUAAUAGCACCAGGUAUUCUGAAGCCAACAGAUAUUUCAGUUUUGUUUGAAACGAUUGAAAUAACUGGAUUUAGAUAUUUAAAAGAGAUAAUCGAGACGUAUGAAACAUAUCCAAGUGAAGUGAAAUUAACACGAUUUUCAGAACAUCGUCAAAAUGUUGUUGAUCUUGGAAGACGCUUUACAAGGCAACCGUCCUUUUGA